AUGCCGCCAGCAACGCGCAGAGAGGUCAGGUUGAGCGCGAGCCUGCCCGAUCCUUGUUCUCACAAUGCUGGCGCACGAACCAUAGACUCCAACCGUUCGUCCACCAUGCUGAUACCCAACAUGGAUGCCAUCCUCGAAAACUUUGAACAGUUCAAACGCAAGCACAUCUCGCAGAAUCGCGAAAUCAUCAAAACCAAUGCUGUCCACCAGCUUCGCAUUAGAGAGCUCGAAAAUCGCAUUCAAGCUCUAGAGGCAGAAAAGAUCCAAAAGGAGAUCGACACUGUUGGCCUCACUGGCCAGCUUGCACAGCUCCGUCAUGCGAUCGGCGCCAUUCAUGCCGGCUGGGAGGCUAUUGGCAGAGGGCUCACCCUCAGUGCAGGUCACGCUCUCUCCUCUAUCGACGAUGAUCACCCAGACCACGCCGCCCCUCAUCUACCAGCAUCAAACAGAGUCGUCAUAGAACCCAAUCCGAACGCAUCCGCCGUUGUGCGUUCCAUUGCCAGAGCCCCCGACGGUCACCUCGAAAGCCUGCAGGAGGAGCAUCCGAGUCUCCAAGACCACAAGCAGCCAAUCGCUCCUCACCUCACCUCGUGCACCUCGCCCAAGCUGGAUGCCGCCACAACCGACUUGCAUCAUGACAACUGGCACAAGCAGCUUGACAUCAUCCGAGCUGCUCACACUGCUCACACUGGCCACGCAGCCAACCCUCACUCUCACAUCUCUUCCACCGCCUCACACGCCCAAAUCAACAUGGAAGGUGCGCCUUCUCCAAUGCGCAGUCCCGAACUUCCAAUAGAGCUUCAGGAUGUCAUCGCCGCCGCCAGCUUCCGCCCAUCCUCGCAUACAUGGCUUCCUCCGCAUGUGUCACCCUCCUCUCCCGUCUCCACAGCGUCCGUGACUAUACACAGCAUACCUGAUCACCACGAUCCCAGUCAUGAUUCGGCUAGGCAAUUGUUGCGUAGAUCAGGGCGUAGGUCGAGUCGAAGGAAAAGCGGAUACUUUUCACAGAACGACCUCGUCGAACCCGAUGCUCAAUCGCCUGACUCCGGCUCCAGUCAGCCUCCUGCACCACCAAGCUCGGACCCCUACUUGCCAUCCGAGACCAAUUCAGAGACCAUGGAGGGCCUUUUGGUGUACAGAGGCAGCGAUCAGGCUCCCGUCAUCAGAACCAGCUUACACCGCCGCCCGGCAACGCCUCUACUCGACAUUACCAACAGUGCAUUAUCGUCUCCGACGUCGCCUCAAGAUCUCGAUGCAAUCAUGUUGCAAGACACGACGCGACCAGCCGAAGUCACCCCUCGCAAAACGCGCCAGUCGCCUCCUUCCAUCAUCCAACCACCUCACGUUGAUCGUCCUGGCCCUUCCAAGAGUCCUAGACAUUCAGAACCACGUACGCCUGGAGGUCGAAAACGCAAAAUUCCCAACCACGAGCCUCAGGAUGCCAUGCCAACACCCGCCAGGCUGUUCAGCGCUGCGAUCGAUGCCACCGCAUCCGCAUCCGCAUCCGCAUCCACACCAUCAUUUAGCGUCACCGAUCACGAAGCAGAGCCCCAGACCGGACGCACACGAAGGGUGCGCAAGAGCAUCAACUAUGCCUUGCCCAAACUCAACACAAAGAUGCGCAAACCGGAUCCGAGCGACUUGGUCCCUGCAUCCACCCCGCAUCGUUCUAACACCACCAAGCCCGCCUCAGCUUGCGGAAUGGUCGGAAGCACCGGAAAUUUGAGCGACAUCCGCAGAUUGCACGAGGCAGCCGCGUUGCGCCAAUCUCCCGCAGAUCGCACUUCCACCAUGCGCUCCAGAGAAGGACCUGUGCAUGCGAACAGAAUCGUCUCGCCCGGCGAUGACGACGCCAGUGUGCGCAUGGCUGACUUGUUCGAGAUCCGCCAGCAUACAGAUCAGCGCGUAGCUCACACCACCACUUCCGACCCCACUUCCGACACUGCUCAUGCAUUUUGGAACACAAGCGCAGAUGCAAUCACGGAUACGUCUGACGACGACUCUCGAGUGACGAGCAAUGCUGAUCUAGGCGAGCUUGCCGAACUAGAGGCGGCGAUGGGCGAUCUUUGCACAGCAGACGAAGGACCACAACAAGUCGACACGCCUAGGGCUCCUCAACCCUCCAUGUGGCCAUCGCGCUCUUCAACUCAAGUGAGUGCCUCUUCUUCGACUGACAGCACACUCUCUCGUGCCUCAAGUACAGUCAGCAAUCCUACAGCAAGCAAAAGGCCCUCGCUCCGACGCAAAACGACCACGCUUCCAUCGCGCUCGCGUCAGUCUUCUGCUGAGCAGGCAAUGCAGGCAGAGUCUGUUGACGGAUCCGACGGGAAGUGCAGUUCAAGCUCUUACUCUGCUAGUGUCGGCGCCACGCAAGUCUCCAUUGUCAAAAUUGAGCCAACUGCCAACACCGGAAGCAAUCAUGUCGUUGCCGCAGACCCCAAAAAGGUUGCUGGAGCCACAGCGUUGGCCGCCGGUCCCAAGAAAGAUGCUGAGCGCAUGCGUGCUGGAUCUGCUGCUUCUACCUCGACAGAGUCAGGUAACGGUCGCCCAUCACUCUCCUCUACUGGACUUGCCGCUGGUAUGCGGCCUAAACAAAGACCUGCUAGCGCCGACGCGGCUCCCACGGCCCGUCCGGCGAGUGCAUCGUUGGCCUCGAGCGGUAGCGUCGAUAGGCCAAGGACAUUUUCCGGAACGACCGCGACCAAAGCAGGUCUCACACAGACCUCAGCAUCCAACACAUCGACCGGCAGCGUCGGUCCAUCUAGCGCAUCGACUUCCGCCCAGCGAGCCAGCCUGCACUCGGCUCUUACAAACCCAAUCAAAGCGACAUCGGGCCAAAUGACGCCACGGAUCGGUGCCAAAGGUCUCUCCGCAUCUACAACACCGUCGGCCAAGGAAUCGCCGCGGCUUGCAGGAACACCUGUUCUGAGACCGACGCCGUCUACAAGCAGUCUCGCUUCCGAAUCAAGCGGCAGGUCUAGCCCAGCGCUUUCUGCCGCAUCAGUCAGCAGCAGCGGCACCCAAUUGACCACGUCUACGCGUAUGUCGCUCAAGCCUGCCGCUUCUUCGAAUGCUUCUCAGGCCGCUCGCUCGCAGAGACCAGGCACGGCAGGCUCGUAUACAUCUGGCUCAGCGUCGAUGCGGGAGGACGCGACAUCUCGAUUGAAUGGGUCCGCUUCUAGCACAGGCGCAAAGAAUAGCGUUGUGAGACCACAGCCCGUUCGAUCCAUGCCAAGCUUGCGUCGAGCGACCGACAAGACGGCUGUGACAUCGACACCCAGGAUCACCGUACGCUCCUCUUCGUCGACGGUUGCUGUUGCUGCGCCAACAGCUUCCGCUAACGGUAACACCACCAGCAUGACUCCAGCCACUUCGAUCGCCGCGUCUAAAGUCGCCAAAGCGAUCUCAUCCAAUCCGACCUCUCGCUCUAAAGACAUCAACAUGGCGCCGAUGGGUCUUGGUAUUGACUUUACUGAGGCAUCUUCAGGGCAUGAGCUGCUUUCUUUGACCGAUGAGAUCCACCAGGUGCUGCAAAACUCGGGCUCUUCCGUGCCUCCGUCCUCGUCGCUCUCGUCCGAGCCGCAAUCGAGCUCGCCAACGAGCAAAGCGUCCAGUGACGACACCUCACUUUCGCAUUCAAGCCUCGCUAAAGCGCGUCGCACCAGCCGUCGCGUCAGUGGCAUGACGGCCUAG